UAAUAUUCUUAUCGUAUUCUUAUCUGAGUAAGUUCCACUGUUUCGUAAUUCUGUUUUGAGUUUUAGGUUAUAAACGUAAUAUUUUGUGUAAAACUACUGAAAAUUGUAAUCAAAUAUUAUUCUAUUGCUUCUUUAUAGUAAUAUCAAAUUGACUAGCCUAUAUGAAACUAUUUUUUAAGGCACUUUUAUUUGGUGUGCCAAUUGGAAUAACGUUUGUUGAUGUUGUAGGUUAUGUAGCUAGAGUAGAUGGUGUUUCUAUGCAACCAGCAUUAAAUCCAGCGUCUGGUACAGACUAUGUAUUUUUAAAUCGUUGGGCUGUAAGAUUUUAUGAUGUAUCACGAGGUGAUGUUGUAGCUCUUAUAUCUCCUAAAGAUCCUGACCAAAAACUGAUUAAGAGGGUAGUAGGACUUGAAGGUGAUAUUAUCAAUACACACAGUUAUAAAACUCCUUUUGUUAGAGUGCCAGAAGGACAUUGUUGGAUAGAGGGUGAUCACACUGGACAUUCCAUGGAUUCAAACCUGUUUGGCCCUGUUUCACUAGGUCUUAUCACAGCAAAAGCUACUGCCAUUGUUUGGCCCCCAAGUAGGUGGCAGGAAGUGGAGUCAUUCUUACCAGCAUCAAGAGCACCCAUACAAAUGAGAUUAGAAGAAUAA